UGUGUGUGACGGAUAAAUAUCUCUCUCCCUUGACUGGACAUUUAAAUGGCUCAGCUCGUCCUCAGGCCUUCAGUCAUCAGUCAGUGCAGCGGCAGCAUCACCAGCAGCUCCAGUGGAUAAAAAAAAGAACAGUAAAGUCCUCUGAAGAGUCGGGAUGCAUCCCGUUUCUACUCCAACAUCGACACCUUUCUCUGUGAAGGAUAUUUUGAAGCUGGAGCACCACAGGAGCUUUGACAAUGUUUUCCUGAAGGAUCUCCAUGCUGCGUCCAUGUGCAGGGAGGUGGACGAGUCCUACAGAGCUGCGGAGUCGUGCAGCGUCAGCACCGGGUCGGAGGUGGAGAAGAAGCUCCAGAGUCACAGCUCCUCAGCUGAGGAUGAAGUGAAUGAACUGGGUGAGGACAGAUCCUAUAACAUUUCUCCAGACUGCACCAAAAGCGCGGAGCGGCGCAGACGCAGGAAGCCGCGCGUCCUCUUCUCACAGCAGCAGGUGUCGGAGCUGGAGAGACGCUUCCUGCAGCAGAGAUAUCUGUCCGCCCCGGAGAGGGAGCAGCUGGCCCACAUCCUCAAACUGUCCUCCACACAGGUCAAGAUCUGGUUCCAGAACAGGAGGUACAAGUGCAAGCGGCAGCGGCAGGACCAGACCCUGGAGAUGGCCGUUUACCCUGCGGCUCAGCCCAGGAGGGUUCCGGUGCCGGUGCUAGUUCGGGACGGGAAACUAUGCUCUUCAGGGUCACGUUCAGCUCCGGGUGACGUCACACUGGGACAUUAUAACACAGUGUUGGGCUGUGGAUAUCCCGGAUACCACGGUGCUAACACAAUGACACACAUGUCUAAUAACCAGAUGAUGGAUUUAUCAGUCAGUAGCAGCAGCAGCAGUAGUAGCGGCAGUGAUGGAGUUUUCCACGGACACUUCCACUCAUCACUACAGGGCGUCAGAGGCUGGUGA